GGCCCGCGCGGUCGCCAUGGCAACGGGGGCGGCCGGGCCUGAGGCGGAAAAAGCGGGAAAUAGGUCGCCCAUGGCCGAGCCCCGCCCGGGCCCGCGGGGCCCUCCCAGUGCUCCCAGUGCCUCCCAGUUACCCCCUCCCAGUGCCUCCCAGUGCUCCCAGUUACCCCCUCCCAGUGCUCCCACUGCCUCCCAGUUACCCCCUCCCAGUGCUCCCAGUGCCUCCCAGUGCUCCCAGUUACCCCCUCCCAGUCUGGGGGGCCUCGUUCCUCCCUCCCACUUCGUGCUGCGCCCCAGGUCCCUGGGGGCGGAGCUCGAGGCCCUGAGGGGGCGUGGCCAGCGCCUGGGGGCGGAGCUUGAGACCGAAAGGGGGCGUGGCCAGCGCCUGGAGGCGGAGCUUGCUGAGGAAAAGGGGCGUGGCCAGCGCCUGGAGGCGGAGCUUGCUGAGGAAAAGGGGCGUGGCCAGCGCCUGGAGGCGGAGCUUGCUGAGGAAAAGGGGCGUGGCCAGGUCCUGGAGGCGGAGCUUGCUGAGGAAAAGGGGCGUGGCCAGCGCCUGGAGGCGGAGCUUGCUGAGGAAAGGGGGCGUGGCCAGCACCUGGAGGCGGAGCUUGCUGAGGAAAAGGGGCGUGGCCAGCGCCUGGAGGCGGAGCUUGCUGAGGAAAGGGGGCGUGGCCAGCGCCUGGAGGCGGAGCUUGCUGAGGAAAAGGGGCGUGGCCAGCACCUGGAGGCGGAGCUUGCUGAGGAAAAGGGGCGUGGCCAGGUCCUGGAGGAGGAGCUCGUGGCCUGGAGGGGGCGGGGCCUCGGCACGGAAGGGGCGGAGCCAAGCCCAGAGCAGGUGCUGCUGCGGCGCUGGCGCCGGAAGGUUCUGGAGCUGCUGCUGCGGCUGAGCCUGAGCAGGGGAGAGGAGCAGCGGCUGCGGGAGCAGGCUGUGUCCCGGGAGCGGCGCCGGGCGGAGGUGGCUGAGGAGGCCCUGGGGGAACUGGGCCGGGCCCUGAGCCGGCUCUGGGGCUCCCAGGCCGAGCUCAGCGCAGCCCUCGGGGCCCUGGGGACCCUCAGCGAGCGCCUGGAACGGGCCGGGCACCGAGUGACGGCGCUGGUGGCCUCGGGGCGGCUCCGGUGGCAGCGGGAGCCGGAGGGGACAGCGGGGGACAGCGGCGCGGCGGCCCCGGAGGCGAGGUGGCACCGGGGUGGCACCGGGGGUGGCUCUGUCCCCGUGUCACCCCCCCGGUGUCCCCUUGAGGCCACCAAGGGAAGGGACGGGACCGGAGCAGCCGCGGGCACAGGGUCCCUGGGCCCGUGGCUGUCGCAGCUCCAGGCCCUCGGGGCCGCCAUCCUCGGGGACAGCGGGGCCACCGUGGGGCCACCUCGGCCAGCGGCGGCACGGGGGGCGCUGGCCCCGAUGGCCCCGAUGGCCCCGAUGGCCCCAGUGUCCCCUCCCCCACGGGGCUGACCCCGGUGACGUCAUCGGGGACAGCGGUGAUGUCAUCGGGGACGUUGACGACGGCGCGGGGAUGGCGAUGACGUCACGGCUCCGUCACGGCUCUCUGGGGUCCUGGCAGGGAAACCUCGGCUGCCCAACGGCCCCGCGAGCAUCCUGAGGGGAUCCCAGUCCCCCCAGUCCCCCCAGUCCCUCCCAUCCCCACACAAAAAGCGCUUUCUUUGAUUGAUUUUUUACCUUUUUCCCGCUUUUUCCGCCUCAGGCCCGGCCGCCCCCGUUGCCAUGGCGACCGCGCGGGCCCGUCCCCAUGGCAACGCUGCUCCCGCCCCCGCCGCGCUCCCAUUGGCCGGCGCGCCCCGCGCCGCGAGCGCUGAUUGGCUGAGAGCGGCAGCGGGCGGGAACAGGAAGCGGGAAGCGCACUCGGCCGUUGCCAUGGCGACGCGGCUCGCUCGUUCCCAUGGUAACGGAACUCCCGCCCCCCUCCCGCGCUGCCAUUGGCUGCUGUGCCAGGCGGGGUGGGCGCUGAUUGGCUGGGGCUGGAGGGGGCGGGGCUAAAGGCGGAACUGGGCCCGAACCAGUACAGAGUGAACUGGGAUAAACUGGGAUAAACUGGGCCUGAACCAGUGCAGAGUAAACUGGGAUAAACUGGGCCCGAACCAGUACAGAGUGAACUGGGAUAAACUGGGCCCGAACCAGUGCAGAGUGAACUGGGAUAAACUGGGCCCAACCCAGUGCAGAGUGAACUGGGACAAACUGAGAUAAACUGGGCCCAAACCAGUGCAGAGUAAACUGGGACAAACUGGGAUGAACUGGGAUAAACUGGGCCUGAACCAGUGCAGAGUGAACUGGGACAAACUGGGAUAAACUGGGCCCAACCUAGUGCAGAGUGAACUGGGACAAACUGGGAUAAACUGGGCCUGAACCAGUGCAGAGUGAACUGGGACAAACUGGGAUAAACUGGGCCCAACCCA